AUGAAGAAAAAAACGGAGAAGCAUGUCAAAAAGGCUCCUCGUGAGAAGCUCAUAGAAAGCCAACUAAGGCGUCUGGGGAAGGUCGGAGGUGUGAAAGAUUCUCGAUUUGGUGUUCGAGACAAGAACAAAUCCGACCAAGAAAAGUAUCUACAGCGUCACAUUGUGGAACGAUUGCGACACUUAGAUGAUAUACAAUUCGAAAAGGAUGAGGAAGAUCCCAUGAUCAAGGUCGCAUUCGGGGAGCAAUCCAUUACAAAGUUGAAAAAUCUUAGAAUGGAUGAACAAUCAGAUGUGGGAAUACACGCGCAUGUGACGGAGGAAUUCUUCUCCAAAGGCUCCCAUUCACAGAAAUUUCGUGAUUCAUUGGCAGAAAAAAUUGCCAUAUCGAAACUAGAGAAGCUCAAACGUGUAGAGGAGAAUGAAGAACAAAGAAACCGUUUAAAAACUGCAGACAUUGAUUGGUCACAAAAAAUUCGUUUUUUGCUAUCUGGUGUCUCUAUCAAAUCGAAGAAACCAACGUCAACCGAAGUCAUCAAAAACCGCGCAAACUUUCAGCGGCUGUUGGAGACAAUGGGUUCAGAUAAACGUGUUGCUCCCGUUGGAGCUCCCGUAGCGGAUCCAAACAUCAAAGAGAAGAAGAUAUUACGAUUACAGACCAUUUUGAGUGAAUCUUCUGCUAGAAAUACUGAUGAUUCGAUCGGAGAAAAGCUGGUCAGUAAGUCUGUGGACAGGCGAAAGAAUGUGGCUUUGAUCCUACUUCUGGAACUUAUGAGUCCGGAUUCCGCCAGCGAUUCCGGAUGCCAUGCAUUGGUACUGCCAGAAAAUGGUUUGUGUGCAGACGAUACUGCAAUUAGUCAUCUGGAUAUCCGAUUGACCGAUCCAUCGAUCAAAUUAACCCGAGAACAGUUGCCCUUGAUAAAACUUUCCUGUGUCAAUUGUCUUCUGGAACUGUGCUCUCGUGCACAUACUCUGUAUUCCCGUCUCUUGCCCUCUACUGUGUGCAUUCACCUAUUUGCACCAAUGCGGAGCGUAUUGGAACGACUGAGUCAGUGUAAAUGGCAUACCCAGCUCAGUCAGCGUGUGAACAGUUUGUUGGAGACAAUGGAUUCCAUAGCACGCACCAAAACCCCCGAAUUCCUAACCGCUAACAUACGCUUGACCUUACUGAGCUCGGACCAACCGGAGGAUUCGAGAACGCUGAAAAAAAUGGGAUUGAUUCCCCAACUGGAGCCACGUUUCGAGGAAAAGUUAGAUGCGCGCCGACCAAAGAAUACGGACCCUCGCCGUUCGAUACAGCGUAAAUUGGCCCGAGAGAAGCGUGGUGCUAUGCGUGAGAUGCGACGUGACAGUCAAUUCCUUGCUGCCCAUCAGCUCAAAGUGACUAAACAGAAUCUUACUGCUACCCUCAUGGUCUUGCUUCUGGAUUUUGCGAAUUUUGGUGACCGAUUACAAGCGUGGUUCUGA